AUGAUGACGAUCGAUGAACAGGGUAGCUGCUGCAAGCCACCAGACGAGUGCGGGUUCGUCAAAUCGAGCGACAAGAAGGCGAUGUGGGUGAUGCCGCCGCGGUCAUCGACCAAGGACGCGGACUGCGCCGCAUGGAGCAACGAUCCCAGCAAAAAGUGCUUCGACUGCGGCUCCUGCAAAGCUGGCGUGCUGGAAGACGUCAGGAAAUAA